AUGUCGUCAAAUCAUGCUUCUCUUGAUGCGGCGGCAAAUGAGCGCAAAGCACGCCUUGCAAAGCUUGCCGCGUUGAAGCGCAAACAACCAGAGCCAGAGCCAUUGACCGAAACUGGCGCCGCCGAUGAAGAAUUAGAAGAUGCUGCCCCCGAUGUAACAAAGCAAUACCUCUCCGGGAGGAACUACGACGCAGAAAUGCGCGGCCCAAAGCUGGGUUUCGACACCGCCCCGUCAGAUGGUCAGAUCACCGUGGAAGCGCAGGCUGCAGAGAUCGCAAGGGCCACCGCAGAGCAAGCGAAGAAGGAUGAGGAAGGUGACCAGCCCAUUGACCUCUUCAAGCUACAGCCUAAGAAGCCGAAUUGGGAUUUGAAGCGGGACUUGGAUGAGAAGAUGAACGUCCUCAACGUUCGAACUCAGAAUGCGAUUGCGAAGCUUGUUCGCCAACGGAUAGAAGAGGCACAACGCGCAGCUCAGGCGAAAGGGACAGGUGCCAAUGGAGGUGAACAGGGCGAAGAAGUGGGCAUUGAAGGUGAUAUGUUGGUUCAGGGCAUUCAUGUCCGUGAGAGGGAAGAAGAGGAGGCAGGCAAUGGUCUGGAGGAUGAUGAGGCAUGA